AUGGCGAGGAACCCAGGCUGCACCGUCUUCAUAGGUAACUUGGAUGAAAAAUUAUCUGAAAGGGUCUUGUAUGAGAUUCUUAUUCAGGCAGGCCAUGUAGUAGACCUACAUGUACCUAGUGACAAGGAGAGUAACAGUCGCAAAGGUUACGCCUUUGCUGAGUAUGAAACCGAGGAAAUCGCGCAAUACGCUGUUAGGCUUUUCUCAGGACUUGUUCGGAUCAAUGGUAAAACGCUUAAGUUCGUGAUUGCUGGUCAUGACAAACCGUCUUCAAAUGACAAUAACUCAGUAAUGCUCAAUCCUGUACCCUCUUCAAAUGGCAAUAACCCACUUUAUCAGGUGGACCAGUACACAGCCAUGGCCAGACUGAGAGCGUACUAA